AUGGCCACAAAUGGUUUGACCAAGUUACGUCUGCUUAUUACAUUAGGAGUCAUUGGCUUGUUCGGAAUUAUUACCUUUGCUCUUGCUGCUGUUACUCUUGGUACUCUGAACAAACGAUUAGAUGCUGUUGAUGGUAAAUUAUUAGCAAUAGCAGCUGGAUCGCUGACUACGCUGUCAACUGUAAUCACAAUGACACCAAGUCAGAACCUAUCACUUGUCACGUCUAUCGAUGUGAUUGAUGUUUUAAAGCAUCUUCAUGAAUUGCAAAGUAUUGCUGAUCGUGCCAACGGCACUCGAGCUAUAAAUACGCGUGGUUUCAACGAAACACUACAGUAUAUUAAAUAUACUCUCUCUCGUAAAACUAACUUCACAGUAAUCGAAGACAGUUUUCCAGUCAGAGAUUUUGCUCUCAAUAGUGAUCCAGUUUUUAUAUCGUCAGUCAAUGGCACUAUCAAGAUCUAUACUUUCUCAUUAGAUCUCACUAAAGCUGAUUUUCUAUAUGCCAAGUAUUCUACCGGUUCAAAUAUAACGGAUAUUGGCUAUGUCAGCGUUAUACCUAAUGGUGGAUGCAACGAAACAGACUGGCAAAACGUUAUUUCUGGACGAAUAGCUCUCAUCAAAAAGGAAGGUGACUGUUCAUCUCGACAGCGAAUUUCUCAUGCUACUAAAUACAAUGCUAGUGGAAUUCUCUUUUAUAACAACGGUAGAUCGUCGGAAGAUUUAGCGCCGAUCAAAAUUAUACUUAGUCAAGAUAACAUUUUACCAGUUCUAUUUCUUUCACACAAAGUUGGUCAAGAUCUAGUUGAUGCAAUUUUGAAUCAAUCGUCAAAUGUCACUGUUCAGUUAGGUAUUGACGUAAAAAGUCUACCGGCCUUUCCUGUUGGAAACAUAUGUGCAUACACAUCGAGCGGAAAUGCUACUCAAACGAUUCUGAUUGGAAGUCAUGCUGAUAGUGUGCCUGAAGGUCCUGGUAUCAAUGAUAAUGGUAUACGAUUAAAAUAG